AUGGACAAGAUUAGAGAGUUGGCAUCAAAUAAGGCUGCAGUGAUCUUUACUAAGAGCUCAUGUUGUAUGUGCUAUAGUAUUAAGCAACUGUUUUAUGAAAUGGGUGCGAGUCCAGAAAUCUAUGAGAUUGAUCAAGAAAUAGGUGGGAAGGAGAUAGAACGAGCCCUAAGGAUGAUAGGCUGCAACUCUGUCCCAGCUGUGUUUAUUGGAGGUAUAUUUAUUGGAUCGACUAAGGAUGUUAUCUCUCACCAUGUUGAUGACUCUCUCAAGAAAAUGCUUAUUGAUGCUAGAGCUAUUUGGCUCUAA